GUAUUCGAGGGGCACAACCAUUAUGUGAUGCAAUUAGUGUUUAACCCGAAAGACAAUAACACGUUUGCCAGUGCUUCUUUGGAUCACACGGUCAAAGUCUGGAGCCUCGGUUCACCUACUCCUAAUUUCACUCUGGAGGGACACGAACGUGGAGUUAACUGUGUCGAUUAUUAUCUGUUCGGAGAUAAACCUUACUUAGCUAGCGGUUCGGACGAUCGUACUGUGAAGAUUUGGGACUAUCAAACUAAGGCCUGUGUACAAACUCUCGAGGGUCAUGCGCAAAAUAUCAGUGCGGUCACUUUUCAUCCUGAAUUACCGAUUAUCUUGACCGGGUCGGAAGAUGGGACUGUCCGUGUGUGGCACUCGAGUACCUAUCGUCUGGAGUCCACUCUAAAUUAUGCUAUGUCCAUGGAUGCAUCGGGCAAACUAGUUUGCGCUCGGCAUGCGGAACUCGUACAAGCGAAUUUACGUUCGUUAUCGCUCAACGCGGAUGGCACGGAUGACAUGCAGGAUGGUGAACGUCUCCCAGUUAGCUUCAAAGAAAUGGGUACGAGUGACAUCUAUCCUCAAACUAUCGAGCACAAUGCCAACGGUCGUUUCGUUGUGGUUUGCGGUGAUGGUGAGUAUAUUGUUUAUACGGCCAUGGCCUUGCGAAACAAGACGUUCGGUCAGGCACAAGAAUUCGUCUGGUCCCUGGCUGAUGCGAGCAUGUAUGCCGUGCGCGAAAGCAAUGCAAUUGUAAAAGUUUACAAACAGUUCAAGGAAGUACGCACGUUCAAAUUGGACUACGGUGCAGAACAGAUAUUCGGUGGACAUCUUCUCGGUGUUCGCUCUCUGACCGGAUUGACUUUGUAUGAUUGGGCAACCGGUCGACUGGUUCGGCGUAUCGAUAUCAGUCCGCGUGCAGUGUGUUGGAACGAAUCUGGACAGUUGGUUGCCCUGUGUACUGCCGAGAUGGUCUAUGUGCUGCGCUACACAGCUGAUCAGGUGCCAGACACGGACCCGAUUCCCGGUUCACCGGAGGAAGCGGACGGCUAUGAACAAGCAUUUCAGAUUGUCAGCUAUUCACUCUUGCUGAAUGUGCUCGAAUACGAGACGGCCGUGAUGCGUGGAGAUUUCGCCGCGGCCGAUGCUAUUUUCCCCAGCAUUCCAAAGGAGCAGCGAACGAAAAUCGCCCAAUUCCUGGAAAAGCAAGGCUUCCGCACACAGGCAAUGCGCGUCACAACAGAUCCGGAUCACAAAUUCGAGUUGGCUUUGCAAUUGGGUAAUUAUGAAUUAUGUCGCCAGCUGGCAUCGGAAGGCGAUCCCGAGGCCAAUGAGAGUAAAUGGAAACAGCUCGCCGAGGCAGCCUGUCGGAACAGUAACUUCACUCUAGUCGAAGAAUGUCUGUCUCGGACCAAGGACUACUCCAACCUGCUUUUGCUGGCAUCCAGUUCUGGAAAUAGUCAACUGUUACAGUGGAUCGGUGAACAAGCAUCUGUGGAAUCAAAAGACAACGUGGCUUUCUUGGCGCGAUUCCUUCUGGCUGAUUUGGAAGGAUGUCUAGAGCUCCUGAUCAAAGCGGAUCGACUGCCCGAAGCGGCGUUCUUUGCUCGCGCUUACCUGCCUAGUAAAGUUCCGGAGAUUGUAGAACUAUGGCGUACCUGGCUUGGUCAAUCAACGAAAUCCAAUGCAAAGAUUGCGCACGCUUUGGCCAAUCCGAAAGACUAUCCGAAUCUAUUUCCUGGACUGGAGGACGCUCUAGCGGCGGAAAAGUGGUUAGAAGUCGACCGCAAGCAACGUGCACAACUACCAGCUUCCGCCUACUCGUCCCAAGCACCCAUGUGGGAACGUGAUCCUGUCACGGAGAUGCGUUCGGGUCCGCCGUCGGUAGUUCCUACCGUUGUUUCUGUGCCGCCACAAUCUGUAGAUGACUUGCUGUUCUCAGCCACGACCGCAGCACGCCAAACUCCUCCUCAGGCGGACACUACUCCCGUUCAGAUCAGCAAUCUCACUGAGGACAGCACGGUUGAUCAAAAUUUGAAACCGAUUACGCAAAUGAUUCCACAAGUUCAAAUAACUACCAAAAAGUCAGACGAACUGGAUGCCCCUAAACCCCCAACCCCGAUCGCUCUGUCCGUUUUGACUAUGGCCACAGAAAAUCUGUUGUUGAAAUCUAGUGAAGCCAAAGAAAAAUCCAAGGAGGACGAAGAUGAAUCUGAAGACGAAGAUGAGGAAGAAGAUAUAGGUGAAGACGAGACAAUGGACGCCAACAAGAAUAAUGAUGAGGAAGACCUGGAGGAUGUGGACGAUGACGGCGAUGAUGAUGGAGAAGAUGAGGAUGAUGGUAUUGAUGAAGAUAAAGAACUGAAAAUAAAGGCUAAGCUAGGAAAGCAACUGGAACAGGAAUUGGAAUCAUUGAAGCUGAAUGCAUCUCCUGUUCCUAUUUCUAUCUCAGGCUCUACGACUCAGAUGGCCAAGAAGCCCAGUCCGGGCUGGGACGAUGAUGAUGAUGACGAUGAGGAGGGUGAUGGCUGGGAGUGA